AUGCACCCAAGGAGUCUUCUUUCUUCUUCAAAGAGCCAAACCCACCGAAUGAGCUCUUUAAGGUCACUAAUGGAGGCUAAAAACGAUUUGGGCAGGAAGGAGUUCUUCAACGUCGUCGACACUCUGCAACUCGCCAGUGAUGCGCCAGAUCUCUACCUCAAGUGUAUGAAAUUGAUAUCCAACAGGUUCAAGGUCGCCGAAGAAUCAGAAGGUUGGAGAUUCCUACAAGACAAUGAUCCAUAUCUCGAACUCGAAAUUCUCAAGUUCAUCGAUGAAUCCGAAUUGAGGAGAAAGCGAAGUCGGAAGCAUCUUCAAGAACAAAGUUUGUAUUUCCAGCUGAGUGAAGCGAUGGAUUGUUUACAGCAUAUCUGCACUGAAUGUUGCACAAGUGUAGGACCAUACGACAAGGAACCAAGCAAGAAUAGGGCACCUUGCAGCAAGUUCUCAACAUGUGAAGGCCUCCAACACUCCAUUAAACACUUCGCAAUCUAUGGUAUUUUGUUAAAAAGGGUACUCUUUGUAGUUGAAAAAAAAACUGAGCUUUUUCUACUUAAAAUUUUUAAGAUAUCAUUUCUUCAUACUGGAGCAGAUAAAAUCGAUCGUAGAGGGUUGGAAAAGAUGACACUAAUUGAGAUACGAUCUUUGGAGAAGAGACAGAAGGCUGGGAAGUAUGCAAAGUUUGAUUAUUUUGUUAAAUGA